AUGUGCUUCUUACCAGCAACAGCACCAGAAUCAACUGCAUCAGAAGGAGUAGGGGGAGUGGCUGAGUGCGAGGCAGAGUGUAACAGAUCCAGUGCAACAGAUCACUGUGGUAGUGUAACAGAUCACUGUGGUAGUGUAACAGAUCACUGUGGUAGUGUAACAGAUCACUGUGGUAGUGUAACAGAUCACUGUGGUAGUGUAACAGAUCAUUGUGGUAGUGUAACAGAUCACUGUGGUAGUGUAACAGAUCACUGUGGUAGUGUAACAGAUCACUGUGGUAGUGUAACAGAUCACUGUGGUAGUGUAACUGAUCACUGUGGCAGUGUAACAGAUCACUGUGGUAGUGUAACAGAUCACUGUGGUAGUGUAACAGAUCACUGUGGUAGUGUAACAGAUCACUGUGGUAGUGUAACAGAUCACUGUGGUAGUGCAACAGAUCACUGUGGUAGUGUAACAGAUCACUGUGGUAGUGUAACAGAUCACUGUGGUAGUGUAACAGAUCACUGUGGUAGUGGGUAG